AUGCAUCAUGUUGAACUGAUUUCGAAACUCAGACAUCACCAUUUGGUCAGUUCUCUUGGUCUUGGACAUUGUUUUGAGUGUUACCUGGACGAUUCAAGUGUGAGCAGAAUAUUUCUAGUCUUUGAAUACGUGCCGAACGGGACACUCCGAAGUCAUAUAUCAGAGGGAUUUGCGGAGCAAAAACUUACCUGGGCACAACGGAUAGCAUCUGUAGUUGGCAUAGCAAAGGGUAUCCAAUUUCUCCAUGUUGGAAUUGUGCCUGGCGUAUUCUCAAAUAACUUAAAGAUAACAGACAUACUGCUGGAUGAAAGUUUUGUUGCAAAAUUCAGCAGUUAUAACCUUCCUUUAUUAGCGGAGAACAUGAGAAAGGUGGGCGGAGUUUCUACUAGUAGAUCAAAAGAACAUAGUAUCAUUGGAAGGUUCCCCAGGAUUCCAAGCAACAGAGGUUCCCCAGGGUUCCAUGUUUCCCCUUCACAACCUGGACCAUGGCAACUUUCCAUCCCCUGA